AUGAAGAAUAGAGGGAUCUUGACGAAGAUGAACAAAACCAUAGGCGAUGCCACAGUGGGGCUACCGGAGAAAUCAGGUGGCGACAUGGUAAGUUCUAUUGGCGAAUCCUUGGCGAGGCUUGAAGCCCUUAGCGACACUAUGCCCCAAGGCGACGCCAAUAGAAGAGGGAAGAUAAGCAGCACCAAUAGCGAAUUUGGCAACGCCAAUAGAGGGACAACAGUUGGUCUUCGCGAGGAGUUGGGCAGCGCCAACAGAGGUGGUGGCGAUGUUGUGGGAGACAGCCUAGAUAGUGCCCUUGGCGCAGCUAGUGGCGAUGUAGUGGGUGGUAGCAUGUUGGGCGCUGGUAUAGGAAGGCUGGGCGUAGGCGCAGCACUGGGCGCUAGCGACAAUUUGAUUUGCCCUAAAUCGCAUAAGGCAGAGACCACUCAGGCCAGUGCUCUUCGUCUUCCUCUCACCACCAGGGAGGCAGCGAUUAACUCAGGCAGGCAGCGAUCAACUCAGGUGUCUAUCUGGGCUGUUCUGCGAUCAACUCAGGUGUCUAUCUGGACUAUUCUGUUCACUGUUCAGGCAGUCUUCUCAUCCUUUCUCCAUUCUCCUUUCUCACAUAUAAUCAUGUUGAUGUUGGUUCCUAAGGAAUUUAGAAUAUACAUUUCUGCCUUAUUAUUUGGAUUGGUCCACAGUGUCCUAUCAUCUUGCUAGCCAUUUUGUUCACCUAGCUUGUGUGGUAUGUCAAAGGGUGCAUUUCGAGCAAUUCAAAGCUUUAAGAAAUUGGUGGUUUUUUAGAGAUUAAGCUUUAUGAUUUUUUUCAUUCCCUGAAAUAUUAUUUGCCUCAUUCCCUGAAAUAUUAUCAAUACAGUUGGUUUGUGAUGCAAAGCAGGUUGACAAAGCAGAUAGUAAAUUGAGUUUUUGAAGAUGAAUUGAUACUGUAAACAUCAUUGAUUUUG